AGGAGACGCGCUUUUCGGCAGCUCUCCGGCUCGGUGAAUCGGCUGGCUUGCGCCGGAGAUGGCUACGUUUUUUGGGGAGGUGGUCACACCCCCGAGCCGCGCCGGCCUGGAUGACGAAGAGGAGCUCGCAGAAGAGCGCGAAGAGACUCCGGAGGAUCGGGAGAUUCGGCUGGCGCUGGAAAAGAAAAGAGACGUUUGUAUCACCUGGAACACCUCAACUAUAUCAGCAGAAGAAAAGUUUCCUUGCUCAAAGUUUAUCUUGGGUGUUGGAGGCAAUGCAGUAGCAUUCCUGUCUUCGUUUAUUUUGAAUUCUGGAAGCUGGGAGCUGGUUGGAUCUGCCCAGUUAUGGAAUGAGUGGUGUAGAACAUCAAAAGUAACAAAUCAUCUUCCCAAAGAUUCAUACUGUUGCUUUUAUCGGUCAGUUUCAGAUCCCACAAUUUUACUGUGCCAGUGCAAUUGUUAUGUGGCUGAAGACCAGCAGUUUCAGUGGCUUGAAAAGGUUUUUGGAUGUCUGCAGCAGAUUGAUUUGCAAGUACUAGUUCUUUCAGCGUGUCCUGUAACAGAUUAUAAAACCACUGAGUCCACUCUGACUCUCCCUUCACCUUUCCUGCGAGCAUUGAAAACAAGAGAGUUCAAAGAUAAAGUUUAUUGCUCUCUUCUAGAACAACCAAACAUUAUACGGGAUCUCCCAGCAGCAGUUCUCAGUUACUGUCAAGUGUGGCAAAUCCCAGCAAUAUUUUAUCAAUGUUACACGGAUAUACUCCAACUGGACUUAGUAACUAUUGAAACCUUCAAACCUGUCUUAUCAUCCAAAAUUCUAAAAAGUUUAGUGGAGGAUAUUUCAAGAAGCACAGAAAUACUGACAAAAUUAGUGACACCUACUGACAUUCAUAACAUCUACACUUAAAAAUGAUUUGUGGUUCUUCAAAAUUUGAUUAAGUUUCUGUAUUUGUAAACUGCAGCUACUUUGGAAUGUAGGACUCUUCAUAAGUGGGGCAUGCUCUAUUUUUUGUAUCACUGGUCAUUUGGGGGAGGGUUAGACUGAUUUAAAAAAUUAAAAUAUGACCUUUUUAUUUUAC